CGCGUUACUAAUUAGCAUAUGUUAUUUUGGCGAAGUUUGGGAGGGGUCAGUGAAACCGGCACGUCAUCAUCCCCGGUCUGGCGUGAGCUCAAGAGCAUCAGUGCAGCCAGUGGACACGGCAAUGUGAGGACAAGGGGGGGAAACUCUCCGCUCCUGAGUUCAGCGGCGUGGACAUAGUUUCACACGAGUUGGCUCCUCAAGCUUCAGAGGCGAUGACAGUCUGCGGUGGAGCUGUGCCAUAAAACUAAGGAAUCUUUCCCUAGUGGCUGACCCUUCACACUGCCUGAUCACCAUGAGAUUCUUCACUCCUCCCAAGUCUGCUCUCAUCAUCGUCCUCUGCCUCCUCUGCCUUUUCUUCCUCCUCCCUGUCCCCUGCAGCUCCAUGAAGCCGCAGGUUGUGGAGAGAGCCUCCGGUCCCCCACUACCCCAGCCUUUGGGAAACUCUUCGGGCUCAGGGAAGCGAACGUGUACUGGCAAAGUGGUGUGUAAACCAGGCAUCCUGCUCCCUGUUUGGCUGCCACUUAACCCUCCAGUGGGGGAGCAGGCAGGGAGGGCUAUAGUUUACUUCCUCAGUCUCAUGUACAUCUUCCUGGGUGUAUCCAUUAUUGCCGACCGCUUCAUGGCUUCAAUAGAAGUCAUCACCUCUCAGGAAAAGGAGGUGACUAUUACAAAACCGAAUGGGGAAACUACAGUCACUACAGUGCGCAUUUGGAACGAGACUGUGUCCAACCUCACGCUGAUGGCUCUGGGCUCCUCUGCACCAGAGAUCCUGCUGUCUGUUAUUGAGGUGUGUGGGCACAACUUUGAUGCAGGAGAGCUUGGGCCUGGCACCAUAGUGGGAAGUGCAGCCUUCAAUAUGUUUGUGAUAAUUGGCAUUUGCGUGUGGGUAAUCCCAGUUGGAGAGUCUCGCAAAAUUAAGCACCUGCGUGUGUUUUUUAUCACGUCUUUCUGGAGUAUCUUUGCCUAUAUUUGGCUUUACCUCAUUCUGGCUGUCAUCUCACCGGGGAUUGUAGAGGUCUGGGAGGCCAUAGUGACGCUGUGUUACUUCCCUGUGUGUGUGAUCUUGGCUUGGAUUGCUGACCGUAGACUUCUUUUUUAUAAAUACAUGCACAAACGUUACCGAGCCGACAAGAGACAUGGUAUUGUCGUGGAAAUGGAGGGCGACUUGGCUCCCAAGAGUGUUGAUGUGAUCAUGGAUGGAAAGUACUCUGACCCGGGAAACUCCUCCAGUGUGACGGUCUCUGUGCAGACAGGAAAUGAAUUAGAUCAGAAUAAAGAUGAGGUAGUCCGAAUCCUGAAGGACUUGAAGGAAAAACACCCAGACAAAGACAUAGACCAGUUAAUUGAAAUGGCCAACUACUCGACCCUGGUUCAUCAGAAGAAGAGCCGUGCUUUCUAUCGUGUCCAGGCCACACGCAUGAUGAUCGGGGCUGGGAACAUUCUGAGGAAACAUGCAGCAGACCACGCGCGGCGCAGUGCUGCCGCUCCAGAGGCCGACCUGGCCACAUGCUCACACAUCUGCUUUGAGAGCGCCCAAUACCAGUGCACAGAAAACUGUGGACAGCUGAGCCUCUGGGUGGUCCUGGAAGGGGGCACCGGACAGAACACCUUCCUCGUCGAUUAUUGUACUGAAAAUGGCUCUGCAAAUGCUGGAGCCGACUACGAGUUUACUGAAGGCACCCUCAUAUUUAAACCGGGUGAAAAUCGAAAGGAGAUCAAGGUGGGAAUACUAGAUGAUGACAUCUUUGAGGAGGACGAGCACUUCUUUGUGCGUCUGCAGAACCUGCGCUUGGACGACGGGGGCUCAGAGGGUUUAGGAUCUCCUCCAAAGGGUCGCCUGGCGGAGCCUCAUGUGGCGACAAUCACCAUCUUAGAUGAUGACCAUGCUGGUAUCUUCAGCUUUGGCCAGCAGGUGCUGCGGGUCAGCGAGAGCACAGGGAUCCUCACAGUGACUGUAGCCAGAAACUCAGGCUCUCGAGGGACCGUGUGUGUGCCUUUCCACACCGAAGACGGCAGUGCUAAGUCCGGAGUGGAUUACGAGGAGACCAAAGGAGAGCUGGAGUUCCCCAAUGAACAGACCACUCAGACACUUCAGGUGCACAUAAUAAAUGUGUCCGAGUACGAGAAGCAGGAAAACUUUUUCAUUGUGCUGGAGGAACCAAAAUGGCUGAAACGUGGUAUUUCGGGUAACCCAACCCCUGAAGAGGAAGAGGCCAGGAGGAUUUCUGAAAUGGGCAAACCCAUUUUAGGAGAGCACAGCAGGCUUGAAAUUAUUAUUGAGGAGUCUUGUGAGUUUAAGAGCACUGUGGACAAGCUUAUAAAAGACGCUAAUCUAGCAGAUGUGCUUGGGACACAUUCGUGGAGAGAGCAGUUCAUUGAAGCAGUAACUGUCAGUGCAGGUGAUGAAGAGGAAGGAGAGGAGCAGCGAGUGCCGUCCUGCUUUGAUUAUUUCAUGCAUAUUUUGUGCCUUUUUUGGAAGAUUCUGUUUGCUUUUGUUCCUCCGACUGAAUACUGGAAUGGCUGGGCGUGCUUCAUCGUGUCCAUCAGUGUCAUUGGCUUACUAACUGCCAUUAUCGGGGACUUGGCCUCGCAUUUUGGGUGCACCGUGGGCCUGAGGGACACUGUCACUGCUGUGGUGUUUGUCGCUUUGGGGACCUCACUUCCUGAUACAUUUGCCAGUAAAGUGGCUGCCACUCAAGACCAGUAUGCGGACGCUUCGGUGGGGAACGUGACGGGAAGUAAUGCAGUUAAUGUGUUCUUGGGAAUCGGAGUUGCCUGGUCUAUAGCAGCUGUGUACUGGCAAAUCAAAGGGAAGGCCUUCCAUGUGGAUCCUGGCUCCCUCGCCUUUUCUGUCACAUUAUUCACCAUUUUUGCAUUCUUCAGUAUGGGAGUGUUGAUGUUACGCCGAAGGCCAUCCAUAGGUGGUGAACUUGGAGGACCUAAGAUUCCCAGGAUUCUCACAUCACUACUUUUGUUUGGAUUGUGGUUCUUGUAUGUUCUCUUCUCCAGCUUGGAGGCCUACUGCCAUAUUCAAGGCUUCUGAGGAAACUGCCGACACUGAUAAACACGUGCAGGACAUUAAUGUAACCUGCCUAAACAGUCGGUGGAGAAGAAAUGUAAUACUUCAAAUGCUGCCAUGGUUUUCUUAAAGAGACAUGCAUGUCUGCACUGCAGGCGGGCUUAGCUGGAGAAUGUAAUGUUUUUAUACAGUCUGUCCAGGUCAUCUCCUGAAUGCUGUUUGUCACAGGUAACAGUAUGGCAGGUAACAUUAUAAAGGUGAAUACAGGUGCUAGUCAGUCAGUACCAAAACACUAUAAUGACUUUGUUCUCUCACUGGUUGACUUUAAAAAGUCAAAUGCUGUAUGUAUGAUUAUUACACACACACACAGUACAGCAGUUGUUUUCAUCAUAUUUUAUAGACAAUUAUUAAUUGUAUGAAUAAUAAUACACAAUACACAAUCCCUGCUUGUCUAGUGUACUGUUUAUAUCUGCUCAGUAUUCAUUUGAAUCCCUUUGCCUCAGUGGAGUGUCUUUGGUCUUAUGGAAGCCCAUGUCACUGUAACUCAUUGUCUCAUCUGAGUGUCUGCUGCCUCUCCACAUCCUUUGGACCCCGCUAGAACCUCAGCUGGAGUCAGGUCUGGAGAGUGUGGUUGUGAGUCUGCCACUUUAAACAAUAGCCAUAAUCCAUCCAUCAGUAGCCAUUUAUGUUCACAGGUUUUGCUGAAUGAUCAAAUUUAUUCUGGUACUGACUUUGUUUUCAGAAAAGCCUGACAUAGUUUUGAAUAUACUUCUUGAAUGAUCUGAUUCGAGUGCUGUCAAAGUUCUGAUCUGAGCUGUUGAGUAACAUCAUGACUCAAUGGAAGACUUGCCUGAAAGCAGCAAAAUCCUGGGUGUGAUUUCUGAACGGGACCUUUCAGUGUGAAGUGUGUGCACAGUAUGUGCUCCUGUGUCUGUCUAGGUUUCCUGUGAGUUUCCUUUUCAGCUGAGGGCAUGCUCAUACUAGAACUAAAUCUGGAAUUAAACCAGACCUAACCAGAACUAGACCAGGAGUAAAACAGGACCAAACCAAGCCGACACCAGGAUUAAACUGAGCUCAAACCAGGACUAAACACACUAAGAAUUUGAAUGAACGAUAUUUGUUUUUCACUUUGAAUACUGACAGCAAUUGAACAAUUCCACAUUAAUCUAUUUUAAGCCUGUGUAUAUGGAAGGCUGCAAUGAACAAUGAAUGACGUAUUAAGACAAACUUACCUCUCAUUUAUUACUUGGACACUCAUUUUUAAAGAUUGCAGAGUUGCACUUCCUGUAGCCCUCUUGUAAUGAAGACACGUUUAGAAUUGCCAUUGCUCUAGUGUCCUCUGUUUUGGACAGUGCUUCACAACUAUAUCAUACUAUAAUCAUUUGUCUAAGGAGAGGAUUCAUAAAAAAUAUCUCUUUAAGUAAUCGACUAAGAUUACUGCACCACAGUGUUAUCCGCACACCCCAUAAAUCAUUUACCAUAUUGUGUAUGGAAAUAUUUUAAUGAUUCUUUCCAGAAAACAUGCAGUGUGAAAAGACAAAGCUCAAAGUCUUGUUUAUCAAUGGUGUACUGUCUUUGUAAAAGAAUGCACUGUAUAUUGUGGCAAG